CUGCAAGAAUCAAGACAUCGGUUUCAUCAACAACUGGGACCUCUUUUGGGAAAGACCGCGUUUUUUCAAGCGAGAUGGCCUGCAUCCGAAUAGCUUCGGCGCCCGGGUCCUCUCCGAAAACAUAUCCAAGGUAAUUCGUUUAUCUUGACUAUCUAUCUCUGCUUUUAACCCCUUCCGAAAUGCCACUUCUGUGCUUGGUCAUGAUAAUCGUUUAAUAAAAUCUUCCAUAAAAGUGCACAACAUAAAUACUGUAAUAACCAAUCUUAAUGCACAUAGAAAAUCUAGGCAAUACGGCAUAAACACCAAUAAUUUAAUUAAAGUUACUACUUUAGAUGAACAAUGUAUUAAAACUAUAAAAACAUAUCAUAGAUUAAACAAAAAAUACACGCAGAGCGGCGCUAAUAAAAAUAACUUAAUUCCUGUUCCAUAUAUCAAUAACGCACAUAGUAUUCAUCUCUGCUCCUCCGAAACAUUGAAUAUGGCACUAUUAAAUGUUAGAGCUUUAACUAACAAGACGUUUUUUAUCAACGAUCUUAUUAGUGAUAAAAAAGUAGAUUUUAUUGCACUAAGUGAAACGUGGCUUAGCUCAGAUGGCGCAGCUGUUUUAAUCGAAUCUGCGCCUCCGGAUUACAGUUUUACUCGUGCUGAUCGCCAAGGAAAGAGAGGUGGAGGACUAGCAAACAUUUACUCAAGUAGGUUAAAAUGUAAAAAUAUCAGUUUUGGUAAGUUCAAGUCUUUUGAGUAUCUCGCCAUUGUUAUUCAGGGAGAUUCUCACGUUCUAGUAUUAUCCGUGUAUAGACCUCCAAAAUCCAACGCGUCUUUCUUUGAGGAAUUCUCUGACUUGAUGUCAAUCUUAAUUACGAACUAUGACACACUCUUAAUAGUCGGCGACUUUAAUUUUCAUAUAGAUAAUCAAUGUGACCAGAAAGUAAAAGAAUUUAUGAACCUCCUGGACUCUUUUGAUUUGAGACAGCUCAUUAAUCAGCCUACACAUAAAGCAGGUCAUACGUUAGACUUAGUAAUUACUAAAGGACUAAAAGUUGAUAUAAAGCAGGUCAUUGAUAUUGAUCUAUCAGACCAUUUUCUUCUACUCUUUAAUAUAGAAAUAAUGAUAGAAAACACUCAUGAGAAGCAUAUUGUUAAAAAACGCUUCUUUGACUCAUCAGCAGCUUUAAAACUUUCAAACAUUCUAACCAAUCAGUCCGUUUAUAGUGCCAACUAUAAUAGCGAGGAGAAUGUAAAUAGUAAGGUGGAAAGAUUUAAUACUAAAGUGAGGGCUGCUGUUGACUUAGUUGCACCUGAAAAGACAGUUAAAAAAUCUUCUAGCAUUGUUAUACCUUGGAAGACCCAAAGAGUGUCUGAUUUAAAGAGAACAUGCCGUAGAGCUGAGCGUAAAUGGAGGAAAACUAAACUAACUAUUGACUAUGAAAUAUUAAAAGUUAAAAUAACACAGUCUGUCUUGAGAGGCGCUGCUAUUUCUCUAAGAUUAUAAAUAACAAUGCUAGUAAUCCCAGAGUCUUAUUUUCAACAAUUGAUCGUCUGUUAAACCAGGUAACUCAAAGGAAUGCCUCCUAAGUACUUCCAGUAAAACCUGUGAGGCUAUCGCUGUAUUUUUCAAUCAAAAAAUUAAUGAUAUUAGAAAUAACAUAGUAUAUCUCCCCAACACUAAGGAUCCUCUUAAACCCCAGUACCCCAUAAUAAACAAAUUAAAGUCUUUCACUAGGAU